GCUACAAAAUAAAACACCGUAGAAGAAGUCGUAGGUCUCAGCAGCUGUUGCCAUUGUGCUCAGAUACAAUGAUGGACAGUGUCCGCGCGAAGACAAAUGACUGCUGUAAACCAUUCGUUUUGAUUAUCCAUGCAUUAUUUAUUUGAGCCGAAGGAAAUGUGGCGCUCUGUAUCUCAUUUUUCGAGGUAUACCAGACCAGCUAGACAAGAACGACGCUGACUUACUUCCGUGUACAUAAAAAGACUGACGAUAAGUCCCGCCUCCGCACACGUAAUUGGUUCGUUGCAGUUCCCAGAAAAUCAUUCUUGUUUGUGAUUGGACGGCUGACGACAGGACUUUUGAAUGGCAUGUAGACAGAAACUGCUACGGAUACGCAUCGAGGGCAUAUGCGGCUAAAGAGUGAGUUUACCCGGUUUACGCGAGUUUGAUCACCAAAUUAUGCUUGUUGCAGAUGUUUCUUCUCAUUGCCGCAUGUGUACCUCAAGAAAUCAGCGGGAUGUCGAGAAAACAAGACACUACAUAGGUGGGCUGAAUGCUAAUGCUUGUGCCCCCCGGCUCAGUGUUAAGUAACGUUAACGCAGCAAGGGGACAUGUCAGGUUAAAUAAUGGCCAACAUUUGACGUCUUCAAGGAUAGGACGAAGUGAAUGUACGAGGUUAUUUCAGUAUUUCAUCAACGUGUGGUAACUUCCAGUGUUUUGCAAUGCAAGAGUGCGGUCAGUACUUGUAGUGAGCAACUUUGACACCUAUCAGACCUCUCUGUAGGAUACAAACAAGGUUAGUCCCUCAGCUGCGAAUCGGGUCACAUUUUGCAAUAUCUGGUUAUUCUGUACGUCGAAGGGACAAACCAUACUUGUGAAGGGUCAUUUCAUAGCUCGAGUAUCAAAGUAGUUUUUCAGCAUGACUAGCCAAACGUUGUAGAGGGCGUAUUUUAUUACAGAAGUUUAUAGGACUCUUAAAGUCCAUUACAGCAGUGGUUCUCAACUGGUCUCACUCUGGGACCCACAUUUUCCCAUGGUCCUUAAGUCGUGACCCACUUUUAUAGAAUUCAAACCAAGCAAAGUUAUUUGUUAUAUUAUAAACCUUUAAAGACUCUAAUCCUUAACAUAAAUUAACUUGUUUUAUUUAGUAAAGUUCAUUUCAGAGCACAUGAAGGGGACAACAUGAGGAGGACAACUUCUAAAGCUGCAUAUACAGAAAAUAUCAAAUAUCUAAUAAAUAUCCCAUUAAAUAUUUACUUUUUUGACCAGCUGUUCGUGACCAUAGACAGGAUAUACUAUGUACAACUUGGUUCCGCCUCCCGCCUGUAUACAGAUUUGAAGCCAAAAAGUUCUCAGUAUUUCCAGGAUUAUUAUUCAUUUCAUAAAAACCAGCGCUGCGAAGUAGCGUUGUGCGCAUUAUGUGGGUCACCCGGACGAGCUACGCAAUCCCUGAAUGCCAAAAGGCUGUAUCAGGUGUCAAUCAAAGAAAACAUGAACCCAAUAACUUUUAAAAACAGAGCUUCACAGAAAAAAGAGGACUUGAGCACAAACCAGUCUUACUGUAAUUACAUGUCAACAUCGCAAGCAUGGGGGAGAAAAAUGUAUUAUCUGUGUAAGAAAUUUCUUAAGUUUGUCCACAGCUCCAUAGAGAUUGCUGGAGGAGGUGGGAUUUAUGACCUAUACUGCUGCAUGUCACAAGAGGGUGCUGUUCUCAGAGUGGCUACACCCAGCGAGGAGUCGGACGCUGUCCAUUCUAUAUGCAGUCUAUGUUCGUGACCCAUCCAGAACAUGUCAGCCACCCACUUUUGGGUUGGGACCCACCAGUUGAGAACCACUGCAUUACAGUACCCCUAGUACAAAUGAUCAUGUAUUUGUCUAUUUUUAAAACUUUAACCCCUAUCAGGAUAGUCAGGAGCACCUUAUUGGCCAAGUAUGUGUGCACAUAAGUUCAUACAAUGAGCUUUUGAAUUUUCUGUGAAUGUAAAUUGGCAAGAAAACGUUUCAUGUGUAUGGACAAAUUGCACACUUUCCCUUUCUUUACCUUGUCUUCUUUUGUCUCUUCCAAGAUACUUCCAUGUAGGUGACCAGGAGUUAUUAAGGAGCGGGCCUGGGCUGUUUUGAAACACAUGGGGAAAUUCUGUAUAGGUUCUUCAUGUUGAUGUAAGAGUCAAAACUUCAAUUGGUCAUCACUGAAGCAAAGCAAAAUGUAUGGAGAACAGUAACAAAUCAAUUGCCUUUUACUGCAUACCAUUACAUUGUUACUGAAACAGAUGUUUGCAGUUCAUUGAGUUUAAGCAUGCAUGCAAAGAGAAAACAAUGCUCAUGAGAGGGGUUGUAAACUGUUCUUUUUUGUCUUUCAGCCUCGCUUUCACCAAACUGAGUAGAGCAACUGUGCGUGUGAGGAGACUGGCAGCCCAUUUCUGCAAAGCAACCAUGUCAACAGACCACCAGGGUUCCAGUCCAUCCUCUGCAGGCAACGGGGACGCGCCCACUGCAGCCAUUCUGAUCAUAGGAGAUGAGAUACUCAAGGUGAUUUGAAAUUGACAGAUGUAAUUCAUGUGAUUUUUAAAGCUGUGUUGAACCUUUUAGACGCAUCCACACCAAGAACCUUUAAGAUCAUUAAGUUGUGAGAAAAUCAGAAUAGACUGUCAUUAUUUUUGUAAUUGACCUUCACACUAAAAAGUGUGAUUUUAAACAUUUAGAUAUGGCACCCUAACUCAUCAGUAUGCCUAAGCUCACUGGACCGCCACAGUCAAGGAUCUGCACGUCAUAUCCUCAGGAAAUCCCUCUGAUCAUUAUCUGAAGUGGCAGCGGAGCUCAGUUUUAAGAUGACAUGUUCACCACUAUUUCUAGACGUGACAUACUCAUGAUUUAAACACAAGACCUUUGAUUUUGUCCAGUGUCAUGUCUUACAUGUGUAACAGGCUCACUGUGAGUUAUUGAAUUUCAUCAGGCAAGACUUGGAUUCAUUCUUGAGGCCUUGAAUGUAAUAUUGAAGUGAGUUUUUAAAAAAAAAAGGUUGUGACUGUCUUGAGUGUCUGUUUUUACUGUUGUGUUAGGGUCACACUGUGGACACCAACAGCACCUUUCUAACUAAAGCGCUCAGGAAGCUCGGAGUGUCUGUGCAGCGAAUCACAGUCAUACCAGAUGUCCAGGAGCUCAUUGCCAAAGAGGUGGCCCUCCUCUCACCUCAGUAUACGCACCUCAUUACCUCAGGAGGCAUAGGCCCCACCCAUGAUGAUGUCACAUUUGAGAGCAUCGCCAUGGCGUUCAAAGAAGAGCUACAUCCUCACCCUGAGCUGACCCGGCUGGUGGAGGAAUUCUUCGGAGUGGUGGAUAAAAACAGUGCUGCUAUGAAGCUGGCCAUGGUGCCACGCUCAGCCAAACUCAAUUAUGGGACCGACCCACAAACAGGACAACUGCUGCGCUACCCGCUGGUGAGUCCGCAGGCUGAAAGCGUUCUCGGUGUAGUUAUUUAAUUGAUUGUCUCUUGUUUACUGUGAGGGAUCAUGUUGACAUAAAACAAUGAACUAGAUCAAAUUAUAUCCAACUAAUUGAGGAUCAGUCUCUGUCUUUUCUGACAGUUUUUUAAAUCAGUGAUGUUCCAGAUAUCCGCUGGGCUGUAUCUGGUCUCUGUUUUCAGGCAAAUAAAAAAGGUUUAAGCUGACACAACUUUCAGGAAGAUGUUCUCCCACAGUCACAUAAUGUCUGUUCCAUCCUGUUCUGGGGUUAUUUUAGGAGACAGAUUGCUGCAUCAUCUACAAAGCAGACAUUGCCGGAUCGUAGGCAGCUUCUCUCAGUGAGAAAAAUCAUUAUAUUAACCGUUUAGAGACUGAAGCAGAGUAAAGGAUGUACAUAUGCAAAUAUUUGCCAGAGUGAAAUCAUUCAAUGUUGCUAUUUUCUCUAUUUAUCAAAGUGCUCUGUCCAACUUUGUGAUUACUUGAUCAUGAUUAUACUGCUUAAAGUAGAGCCGCCAAACAGACAUGUUAUUAUCUAAAUAAAAGCAGUAAAUAGAAGCAUUAACGAAAGGAUGUUGCUAAAUUCAUGUGUCAUUUUGUUCUAGCCACAAAAAACUUUAAAUAUCACGACACACCCAGAACAUAUGAACCACAGCAGACCAGGCAUUCCUUGAUAAACUAGAGUAAAACUAUGUGUUUGCAGGCAAAUUAAAUAGAAUUAGUGAUUUUGGACAGUUUAAAAUCUGGAGUAAACUACUGGGUGUUGAAUCCCAUUUUCUACAAAGAAGAACCGUCACUUUUGGGAUUUUUUCAGGACUUUCUGGGUCUAAAACUUGCAGCAAUCCCUCUUUCAUGCAUGCUCCCCUCUUAGACUGUUCUGGGGGAUUUUUAAGAUGGCAGUCUGUAUUUCUUUGACUAUAAUACUUUAAACAAAAGUUAUCUAGGCUUGUAUGAGCUAAAAACUAUAUAAGUAGAGUAAGUUCUUCAGUUUCUGGUGUAUCUAUCUCUCUCCUUCCUCUAGGUCAGUGUGCGUAAUGUGUACAUCUUUCCUGGGAUCCCAUCUCUACUAGAGAGAGCCUUCAAUGGACUGGAGCACCUCUUUGCAAAUUCACGGACCACAUUUUAUUCUCGUGAGGUAACACCGUGACCACAGCUGAAGUUAUAAAAUCCAUCUGAGUUUUGUGUUUGGGAUGUUUAAGGGCCUGUUUCCACUAACAGUAUAUAUAUUUUUUUAACUGGCAGCACCCGAUACCAACAUUUCAGAGCACUUUUCUCCACAGCGCACCAGUGCUAGGUUAUGAAAGUUACUCGGUGACGCCUCCACUUCCCUUUGUUGUAACAGUGAAGUUUUUAAAUCACUCUGUAUGCUUCAGAUCUGUUAUUAUGCAAGGACAUUUAACAGAGAAUAUGUGAAAAAUAGAGAACCCUGUCGUGGUGUUACCAGAAGCACUAGACUUGUAAAUUGUGUCCUCAAAAGAAAGCAAGAAUUAAUUCCUUUUCACCCCUUAAUGUGGAUAAGGAUGAUAAUGGAGGUCCUGAAUCCUUUAAUUUUGAUAGUUUAGCGAAGAAUGACUGUGGUGGUGUCCAAAUGCUGAAAUAUUUUUACCUGAGAGCAGUGUGAAAGCAGCAGCAGCCACAACAAAUUGCCUUUGCUAAGAGAGUUUUUGCACUUGGGACACCUAGCACUGAAAAUGCUGAGCUGUAUUGGUUUUGUGCAGAGAAAUGGUGCUGCCAUUGGCAAAUAACACUGUUAGUGGAGACAGAGCUACAGCAAGUGAGUUAAAAAAAAAUAUUUUUUUCAUCAGGUGUUUGUGGAUGCAGACGAGGCAGAGAUUGCCCCAGUGCUGACCAAACUGCAGGCUGGUUGGGGCAAGAAGGUAGCUCUUGGCUCUUACCCUGACUGGUUGAGCAACUACCACAGAGUCAGGCUGGUCCUGGACUCUGACAGCCAGGAGGAGGUGGAGAAAGCACGGACUCAGCUCCUAGAAGAGCUGCCCAAAGGAAGUGUGGUGCCCCUAGUGACUGACCCGGUGUCCAUCGCCACUGCUGAGGUGUACACACUGGCCAACAAUGGUGAGGGGGAGUCAGAGAGUUUGCAGAAUGAUAGUAAAACUCUGUCAAGUUAAUACAAAGUGAAUAUUGCAGAGAACUCUUUGACUUUACUCUGGCUCUGGGGCCGAUAAAGGAAGAAAUUAUUGGAGUAAUUAAAGCUGUAAAAUCAUAGUUGGUUAUAAAAAGAGAUUAAAAUCGGCAUGAGACUGAUAACCAACAAAAUUUGACUCCAUUCAUUUUUAAACAUCUUCCCACUGUGGUUUUCAUUUCUCAAGGCACACCGCUGGGCGAGAAAGUUACGACUGCUCUGAAAACCAUUGAAGCGGCACUGGAUCAGUAUUCGAUGGAGGAGGUCUGUGUCGGCUUCAACGGAGGCAAAGACUGCACAGCGCUGCUCCAUCUGUACUACGCCGCGCUGAAACGGUAGAAUCUCAUCAGAGGAGAAGAGAGGAGAAAGAUCUGUUACAGUAGGGGACGGAAUGAUUUAACUAGGGCAAAACAAAUGACCUGAGAGAGAAGAGCCGAACAGGAGAUUCAGAUUAAAAACAUAAUGAUAGCACUUCAGUGUAGUGGGGCAUCAGAGUGAGAAAUAAGCAGAGGAUAGAAAAUGAGUCCGGCAGCAACCAGGGACAGCUCUAAGAUGAGUUGGACUAAUGUUUGAGCUUCUUUUUUUUUUAACCUGAAUUGUAAAGAUUGGAGAAGAGAAUCAUAAAAAAAUAAACAGGAGUUUACUUUCCUCAUUUCUCUUAUUUUCUCUUUUUCUCUUUUGCCACUCUCAGGCGGUAUCCAGAGGGUAAAGACAAACUGAAAGCACUGUAUAUACGUAUCGUCUCUCCAUUCCCAGAAAUGGAAAGAUUCCUUCAGGAUACAAUAAAAAGGUAGAGUGUGUAUACUGUUAACACUUCUCACAUAAUAUUGAAGGUGUUAUAAGUACAAAUAAUUGUCUAAUGCUUAUUUUUCCAAAGAAGUGUAUAGUUAUUUUUAACAACUCGCUAUUUUACACUGUGUUUCCUGUAGGUAUGACUUGGAUUUGUUCUCAGUGGAGGGAAGUAUACGGCAGGCGCUGAGCGAGGUGCAGGAGAGGAAGCCGGAGCUGAAAGCCGUCCUGAUGGGAACCAGAAGGAGCGACCCUUAUUCUCACACACUCACAGCCAUGUGUCCCACUGACCCUGGCUGGCCAGACUACAUGAGAGUCAACCCAUUACUAGUAAGCACAAAAUAAUACCAUGUCUCAAAGGUCUGGGUUAGAUCAUCAUUUUCUUAAGUUAAAAAAAAACUGUAACUGGUGGAGAAGUUGCACAAUAAGCUUUACCUGACAUGCUUUAUAUUUAACCUUAGGAACACCUGUGAUCAUUAUUUAUAAAAACAAGAACCGAGCAGACCUCCAGCUUCCUCUCAUUAUGGUGUUUCAGUCUGAACGGAGCUGCAGGUGAAACUGCUAUUUGACUGCUAAUACAAAUCUGUUUUCGCUGCUCCGGCGAGGCAAUUUCCCUUUGUUACACUUAAUGUUAUUUGUCAUCUCCACUGAAGUUUCGUAGCUCAGAUCUACAGGGUUUUAACAAAAUAUUUACAACACCUGCACAGUUUAAUCCACUUCAGCAGCCCUGCAGGAAUGCAGCAUUCGUGAGGCUUAAAAUGUUGUGAUGAAUAUUAUACAAGCACUAUCAGCAGCUACACCUGCUCGGUGUUGUAGUUUCAAAACAUUUUUGACACCAAUUUAAAAUCAAAAACUUCACAUAAUAAAAGUUAUUAACAGUCAUGCUGUGAGAGCCGCAGUGGAGAGUAUGAGCCAUCAGCAGUCGACUUCAUUAUAUGACAACUGAUGCGGCAUAAAUGCAGCUCAGAGGGAUGAUUACAUACCAAUAAAAACUGAUGUCAACACUCACAGGACUGGACGUAUCACGACAUCUGGUCCUUCCUGAGGACGUUAUACGUGCCCUACUGUAUUCUCUAUGACAAAGGGUAAGAAAACAUUUGACAUUUCCACUUUCUCUUCUCUGUUUUCUCUGCAACAUUUCUUUUGAAUAGCUGAAUUCUAGUUUUUUAAAGUCCUCUUUUAACCUGCAGGUACACCUCCCUGGGCAGUAUGGACAACACCAAACGAAAUGCGGCCCUCCAGGUGGUGGAUGAGAGGGGGGUGACGCGGUACAGACCUGCCUACCAGCUAGAGAACGAAGAAGAGGAGCGAAACUCCCGUGCCUGAUGUAGCCUCACCUGUUGCUGAUAGACCCAGAUUCCUUUGUACACGCACAACAUAUGAUGGACAUUUUUACCACACCUUUAUGUGAAUAGUAGCAGUAUGAGAUUGUGAAGAAAGUGUGUGUGUGUGUGUGUGUGCGUGAGUGUGUGAGUUCUGUUUGUUCAUACACGUGAGUUUCAGUCUGAAGUAACGGCUUUUAGUGCUGUUGAAUAAAACAUCAAUCUGUGUCAUCUUU